AUGUCGCGCUCCUUCUAUGUGGAUUCGCUCAUCAUCAAGGACUCGGCGCGCCCGGCGGCGCCUUCGCUGCCGGAGCAUCAUCACCACCCUCCGCCCCCCGGGCAGGACUUCCUCAUCCCCCUGGGCGUGCCGGCGUCGCCCCUGGUGCUGUCGGUGGCCGGAGGGCCCGCCUGCCCGGCGUCGCGCAAGAGCGGCGCCUUCUGCGUGUGCCCGCUCUGUGUCACCUCGCACCUGCACGCCGCGUCGGCCCGGGCCGCAGGAGGCGGCGGCGGCGGCGGCGGCGCGGCCACGAUCCCGCUGCUCAAGGGCCACUUCCCUCCCGCCGCGGCCGCUGCCGGGCCCGGGGCAGGAGGAGAGGCCCCGUACUGCCCCCGGAUGAGCCAUCACGCCCCGCAGCAGCCGGCCCCGCAGCAGCAGCAGCACCAGCAGCACGGCGCGGCGGCGGCGGCGGCUCACGCGCUGGGCCACCCACCUGUCUGCUCGGCAGCCGCCUACAGCGUGAGCGACCCGCGGCGAUUCCACUGUCUCAGCAUCGGUGGCUCGGAUGGGGCCGGCCAGCUGCAAAACGGCAAGCGGAUGCGCACAGCCUUCACCAGCACGCAGCUCCUGGAGCUGGAGCGCGAGUUCUCAUCCAACAUGUACCUGUCCCGGCUGCGGCGGAUUGAGAUCGCCACGUACCUCAAUUUGUCCGAGAAGCAGGUGAAGAUCUGGUUCCAGAAUCGGAGGGUGAAGCACAAGAAGGAAGGCAAAGGCACCCAGAGAAACACGCACAGCGGCUGCAGCUGCACCAACAGCAACCCGGGACGGUUUCCCCGGUCAGAGGAUGAAGAGUCGCUCUCGCCAGCCUCGGCUAAUGAAGACAAAGAAGUCUCCCCUUUAUGA